AUGGGUGUUUGCAUAAUCGGGAAAGAAAACCUGCAUAAUCUCGGGCGGAAAGUGUUAAUAAAUGUUGACCGUACCACCAAGAAAAUGUUGCCGUGUUCGUCCGAUGUUUCUCAUGGAUGUUUGGAUGGAACAAUGAAUGUUUGGCAAUCACCGCCAAGAAAUAAAAUAUAUCGAGGACUACAAGAGCACAAGUAUGUAGCACAGGGAGGUAGUAGCACUUACCAGACCUACACGACUCUGACGUUUCAAAAUGAGGUCUUGCAGGUCUCCAACUUGUGGGAUGCUCGAAACCACAAGUAA